AGCAAGAUUAAGAAACUAAGAAACAAAAAGAUGAUUGCUUCUUCUUCUUUCACUGCCACCUCCACUGCUAAACUUCUUCAUUCUUCUUCUGCAACCCGCAAUUCUAACCCUUUUCUUGGAUUCACACACAAGACGCCUACCAAACAGUCCUCUUCUCCGCCUCGCCGUGUCCUCCACCUGGUUCUCACGGCUUCAAUUUCAAGAGCAUCACCACCAGCAGCUCCACCACCAUCGCAACCCAAAACAAGCAUGGCUAGUGAAACUGUUCCCUCCCCUUCAAUGAAGCUGUUGUUCGUUGAAAUGGGUGUUGGAUAUGAUCAACAUGGGCAAGAUAUUACUUCAGCUGCCAUGCGAGCUUGUAGGGAUGCUAUCUCUUCCAACUCCAUUCCUGCCUUCAGGAGAGGUUCUAUACCUGGUGUUACAUUUAAUGAGAUGAAACUACAGAUCAAAUUGGGAGUUCCUCGACCUCUCCAGAAUUCCCUGGAAAUUGAGAAAGUCAAGUCUGUUUUCCCUUAUGGAAGAAUCUUGAGUGUUGAAGUCGUGGAUGGUGGGUUGAUAUGCUCAAGUGGUGUGCACGUAGAAGAAAUGGGUGAUAAGAAUGAUGACUGCUACAUUGUGAAUGCUGCUGUUUACGUUGGCUAUUGAGUUGUUUUCGUGACUGUCUAAAGAUGUCAGCUUUAUCCCUUUGUCCUCAUUACCAAGUAUAUCACUUUCACCUUGAUGGCUUACCAGAACUGCGUAGGAUAGAUGGUUCUUUUUCCAGAUAAUGUAAUAGGCACAAAAUGAUUCAAAAUAGUGGAUUUGUUUGUUUUUUCUUGCUGACUCACACAGAGAUGUGUGUGGACAAACACGACAUGUCUGUCUUGCUUAGAUAUGCUAAUAUGCCUUUGUUUGUUGUGGUUGUGUUGCUUGUCUUUUUAUAGACCUUGAGAUGUUUGAAUUUUACCA